AUGGCGACGCACGAGCAGUACAUACUGCACGUCACAGCGGGCGCAACCUACGACACAUCAAAACACUCAGACGUCCUAGUCAACAGCGAAAAGCCCGUCGACAUAUCCUCCGACUUGAUCGACGUGCGCGUACACAUGCGCAUCAAAGACUACCGCGGCCUACCAGAAGGCUCCCCAAAGACCUCACCCUACUUCUCCACACCCCAACAUGCCUACGAUCGCUACUCGAUAUCCUUCUCCUUCACACCCAAACAAGACAUCGCCGGCGACAAGCUCGUCUUCGGAAACGACUUCGACCACCCGAUUCGCGACCGGUUACCGCCGCUGUUCGACAAGGCGUUUGGGGUAGUCAGGUGGUGGAUUGAUCCGGGUCUAGACGGCGAUGUCUACGCAGAUGAGCCAUACCUCUAUGGCGCGCUGCUUUCCUCGAUAAACGUCCUGCGCAUUAGUAGCAAGAAGGACGCGGACAAGCCAGCCAAGAGCGACCUGGAAGGCGAGGCACAAACAGAAGGAGACGUGGAAGUGCCUGGCUCAGACGGCGAGGCCGUUGUAUACGAAGAAGGCGCAGAUGGUGACGGUGUGGAAGUCAGGAAGAGCAAACACGUGCCCGACAGAGCCAGCGCAAGACAAAAGUUCUUCCUCACGGAGCAGAACAGGAAGGACUUUCUGUUCGAGGCCGGCAGGGAAUACAAGUGCGAUUUCUUCAACCCGUAUCUCGACUUCAAUGAGUUUGCGCUGAAGAUCGGAUAUGUGCUCAAGAACCGGGAAACCAACCAGGAGCUCUUUGUCGUGGUUAUAGAACUACUGCCGACUGAGCAAGCGAAGAAAGAGGGCGCGGAAGAUCCGAGAGAGAAGUUUGAGGAGGUUCAUGGCGGGGGGAAGAAGGAGGAUAAGAAUAGUGACCUUGAUUAG